CAAGGAGCUUUAAACCGUUUCACUCGAUAAUAAGACAAAGUGACGCUAACCCCACGACAAUGGAGGAAAACAUGGAUGAAUCACAAAGCCAGAAAGGUUGUAAGGAGUGUUGUGAGCGAUGUGUGGGUAGUUUGCCCUGGGCAUCCCUCAUUGCCACCAUCCUCCUCUAUAUGGGCGUGGCCUUGUUCUGUGGAUGUGGCCAUGAGGCAUUGAGUGGGACUGACAGCAUCCUCCAGAACUACUUUGAGGUCAUCAGAGCCCCUGGAGAAACACUGGAUGUGUUCACCAUCAUUGACAUCCUGAAGUACAUCAUCUAUGGGCUUGCAGCUGGAUUCUUUGUCUUUGGAGUGCUGUUGCUGGUGGAGGCAUUUUUCACCACUGGCGCAAUUAGGGAUCUGUAUGGAGAGUUCAAGAUUACAGCUUGUGGACGCUGCCUGACAGCAUUUCUGAUGUUCCUGGCCUACUUGUUUUUCCUGGUGUGGCUGGGUGUCACAGCAUUCACCAGCCUGCCAGUCUUCAUGUUCUUCAAUGUUUGGUCCAUGUGCAAGAACACCAGCCUGGUUGAGGGAGCCAACCUCUGCCUGGACCUGCGCCAAUUUGGGGCUGUGACCAUAUCAGAGGAAAAGAAGGUUUGCACAGGAUCUGAGAAGUUUUUCAAGAUGUGUGAAUCUAACGAACUGGACUUGACCUUCCAUCUGUUUGUGUGUGCAUUGGCUGGAGCAGGUGCUGCUGUGAUUGCAAUGGUCCAUUUUCUGAUGGCACUGGCUGCGAACUGGGGAUACCUGAAGGAUGCCAAUAGGAUGCAGAAAUAUGAAGAUAUCAAGUCGAAGGAGGAGCAGGAACUGCAUGACAUCCACUCUACACGUUCCAAAGAGCGUCUCAAUGCCUACACAUAAACAUGAGAUGGGAAACAAUGCACUCACUUACGUCAAACGAUUUUCCCCCCACACACAAACUUCCAGCAAACAGUCAUGGAUGGAAGGAUAUGAUCACAUAUUAUAUAUUACACACCAGUUAACAACACGUAUACAGAUCUAUGGUUGGCAACAAAGAUCGUGAAGAAAAAAACAAAACUGAUAUCUUUCCUUUGAUCUUCUUGAUCUUGCCUUAAUGAUCUACAGUGUGCUUAUACGCUAAACAUCGACCACAUUAAGUGAAAGUUAACCUUGGGUUUGGCUAAAAUUCCAUCUCAUCUCAUGGGAGAUUAGAGAUUAUCAUUAAAUUCACCAGCAGUAGUUUGUGAUCAAAUUAGACCUUCAGAUGGGAAACCCUCAACAAUCCAGUCACAUUUAGUAAAUACAAAUACAAAUGCUGUUUAAGGACAGAAAAAUUGUGACAGUGCAUAACCUAACCAGUUUGGAAUAGAAUAAAGAAAGAACCAAAUAAUUCACAGAAAGAAAAAACACAUAUAAAAUUCAAGGCAAAAGAUCAUAUGCCCAAAAAGAAAACAAAUCCCAAGGAAUGAAGACCUUUCCUUGGUAGGUCAUGUUAGUUGACUGAUAUUUUUUGGUAAUCCUGUAUGAAUGUGCAGUGCUUAACAUUUUUAGAAGACCAACUGUUAUCAUGGUGAGAAAAUUCCUUCCAGCAUCAUGAACUGCUUAAAUGUAGACAAUUUUAAUUGCAGUGCGCUUUCUGCAAUUUAGUAUUUUUACAUAAAUGACUAAUUUCAAACGGAAUGAAUCUUUUCAUGCCCAAAUUCGAAACGGCCCAAUGGGUUUCUCUGAGAACUCGGAAAUUCAUCAACCAUAACUUUAACACAACCACGGACACAAUUAUUCUCAAAUAUCUAUACUUCUAACUAAUAACAUUCAGUUGGCAUCUUAAUCAGCAAAUUAUAAUGUGCUUUACGAUGUUAUUGAUUUUUCUUCUAAAGCUAAAUUUGAAAAUUCAGUUCACAAUAAUAAUUGUACUUUAGCUUUAACAAAAAUGUUUAAGGCCUUUAGCAGACUCAUGUAUUAACUGUUAAUGUUUUUUUUAAUGUAGCAGAGUCCUUACAAUGAGGUGGUGGUCCAAUAAAAAUGUUAAGCACUCUACAUAAACUAACUACGGUACAAAUAAACCAACUUCACAAAUAUCCACUGCACGCAUGACACACUAAAGCAACAAUCAGCUGGAGAAAGAUUUAAUUGUCUUUCAGAUCAUCUAUUCAUGGAGAGUGGGUAUUCACAAGAUACGAUCACACAAACACACACACAAACUCACACAUAUAGAUGUGGCUGAAUGGUCAGUGUUGUGCAGGCAACGUUGUAUAGUGGUGUCAUGCUGUGCUAUGUCAUUUAGUCACAUUAUGGUGACUGGUAUUGCAAGUAAAUAUGGUUCUGAGGAAGUUUGUACUUAAAUGAGUAUAAGUGGGUAACUUGACUCACUUCUCAUCCCUGUCCAAAUCUUUUCCUAACUUAUCUGGUGCCCAAUUUUAUGCGCUGUUUCUUAUACAAUAGCAUAUUCACGCUUCCGAUUCAGUAAAAACAAGUAUACAACAAAAAUGGUAAUUUGCAUAAUAGGUUGUGGUUUCUUCUGUUUUUAUUUGAUCUAAACAUGCUGAAGAAUGUUUUACAGUUAAUUCAUUUUAUGAAUCCAAACAUAUUUUGGGCAUAAGGUGACAAUAUAUGCCAGAUAAUUGAUGGGAGAUAAGUCCAAUUUUUGUUAUUUAUACUCUGUGCAUAAUGUUUGAGUUGUUAAAUUCACAAUUUGUAAAGAAGUCGGCUAGUCAUUUGAGACAACUGUCUGUGUAAACAUGUGAUUUGUCCUCCAGAAACAGCACAAUUUAGCAGAUCAAAGUCUUUUAAAAUGCCAUGUGACUGUCAUAUUGUUAAGACAUUUUUCUGACUUUUUGGAAUUUUUACCACUUUUUUUUAACCAGAAUUAUUCAUAUGUCAUUUUAAUAUUGUGGUACCUGCAAAAGGCAAAUGUAUUUGUGUGGGUUGAUAUCACAUUCACAAUUUCAUGUGAUUCUACACAUACAACUACACGCACACACACACAAAAAAAAAAAAAAUGCUAAUAUCAGUCAUCGUGAGAGUUUGAUUCUAUGGUUUUCAUUUCUAUACCAGGCUCUAAUUAUACCAAAAUUGCUCUUUUGUCUUGAAAAUCCAGAUUCUCACUAGAACAGACAACUCAUUCUGGGUAUCAUGAAGAGACAGCUGGUAUCGGGUUGAGUAGUAGUGGCUUCUAGAUCAGGUUGAGCAUGUUUGUUUGUUUAUUUAAUUCAGUUUGUUUAUUUGGGCUGAGGUAGCUUUCAGUUGUAACUGGAUGUUUUUGUAGUUAAAGAAUUUUAGAGACACAAGUCUCAUACAGAGUAUUUUGAGCGCCUUUACUUGACAUGAGGUGGACAGAAUAGUCACAAGAGGGAAAAUGCUGUUAGCUCAAAAAGUAAUCAUUUCGUAUGAUGUCAGUACCUUUAUAUUGUAUGCCACAGAACCUUUUUAUGGAAGAAGAUCAAUAUUGCAGGUUCAUUUGACUGCUAUCACAAGGCAUGUAUUGUUUCUAUUAAGUGGUUCAAACUGUUUAGUAAAAUGUUUGUGUGCUACUAAUAUGCUCUAAGGGAAUGAGAGUUUUUACCUGCCAGUAGAGGUGGAUGAAAGAUUAAUAGCUAUUGAUAUCACAGAGAUAAAGAUGACAGAUUGAUUGAUUGAUUGAUUGAUUGAUUGAUUGAUUGAUUGAUUGAUUGAUUGAUUGAUUGAUUGAUUGAUUGAUUGAUUGAUUGAUUGAUUGAUUGAUUGAUUGAUUGAUUGAUUGAUUGAUUGAUUGAUUGAUUGAUUGAUUGAUUGCAAGGGUGUCAAACUCUUUUUUGUCAUGGGUCACAUUGUAGUCAUGACUUCCUUCUGUGGGCCAUUAUGACUGUGUACCCAUAUAAAUAAAUCAUUGCCUCCUAUAUUUGUCUUCACACAACAAAUUGAUGGACAACUAGUUUUGAAAUCAGAAGCCUGCAUGUUUUCAACUCAUGCAAAUUUCUUUUAAAAGGGUGAUUGAUUGAAAAAAUACUUCCAAUAUCUAAACAAUAUUACAAGAGAAGACAAUUUACAAUUUUGAUAUUUUGGAAAGAAACAGGAAGUCAACGCACAUCAUUUGCCUUCGCUGGCCAUGAGUUUAACACUUGUGGAUAAAUGGAUUGAUGAUGUGAAAACCAGCAAGAAAUACACUCACACAACAAACACAGACAUACACACAACCCCAUCAUUGGCAUCACUCUGAUUCAUAACUGUGCUCUUUUAUUGUUCACUUUAGCAUCUCUUUGUUUUAUUAGGAACUUUUAAUCCUAUUUUUGUCAAAUCCUAUAAUUACAAAAAGGUGUCUAAAUAUGGUCAAUGGAUUGCACUUAUAUAGUUGAAUUAAUGUCUUUUGCUUGUCUAAGCAGUAAUAUGCACCCCAUUUACAUGUAUUCUGUAUAAUAUAUACAUAAAAAGAGUACGUAUGAUUAGAAAAUGAUUUCUGAUAGGUAGCAAUUUACCGAAAGGUGAAGGUUAGUCUCCUUGUUCAGGUUUUCACCAUUAGAACUGUAUUUACAGCACAGACACAUACACGAACACACACACAUGCGUGCAAGUAUUUUUAAACUCUUGAGCUGGGUAAGACAAAUGCCGUUCCUAUUUUGACACAUUGUGAUAUGGUAAAAUAACAUUACCAUUUUCCACAAAUUGUAGUGAAUUGGGUGUAAUGUUUUCAACAUUGUACUUGUGUUAUGUUUGAAAAUAAAGCAAAAAUCAGAUGUAAUUUGUUUUCCCAAUAAUCUUUAUAAGCAUAAAAACACCAUCUUGUAGAAAACCAAUGUGAUAUGAUUGAAUGUAGUCAAACCUAAACUAAAUUAACUUCGAAGCAGUGAAAGUUCGUGACAAUGUGUUAAUGCUGCCUGCAUGAGACACCAUAGGGAGCGUUCACCAGACAGUUACAAUGUUUUGCAGUGUCUUGGCUGAAUAUGGUCAGUAUUUUUUAGGGUCCGGUUUUACAUUAACAGUAUUCAUUUCAUAAAAUUUCAUUGCCUGACAAUGGAAGUCUUGUCACUGUUUUUAACCUCAGAAACAAAAAAAAGUGUUUUGUGCAGUUAUUGACCAUGGUGAGCUCUUAUUCUUGAUGUAUGUGCAUUGAAGUUCCUUUUGUGGGAUCUUUGUAUAGUCUUGCAGCAUUAGUAUAACCUGAAAAAGUAACGAUGAUGAAAAUGGAAUAAUUCAGAAAAAUUAAGAAAAACCUAUUCUAGGUUAAUUAAAAAAAGACUGUGAAUCUAGUUGUUGUUUGUGGCAUGGUUAUGCAUUCAAUGGUCAUAAUUUUAAUGCUUAAGCAGUACAAAAAUAUUUUCCACUAAUGAUAUUCUGUUCUGUUCUUUUUAGCUUUCAUUAUUGAAGUCCUAGUUGCUAAUGGUGUUGCUAAGCUAGCUAUCAUAUUUAGUUGUUUACCACCAGAGCAAUACAUGGUACCAGUUUAACAAAAUUAAUUAAAUAUCAGUCCUUAACCUUAAGUUUUGACUAACGAGUGUAUGAUAGAACUGCAAGUCUGAAGUGGUAUGAUUAAUAUUUUUAUUUGUUUUUCAAGAGAUUUGCAGUCAUGAUACAAUUUGUUGCUCUGGACGCCCAUUAUCCACCAACCCACUGCAGCCCACAUCCUUUGCCUCUUUCUAGCACAUGAAGUUUUUGAUGAACUCUUAACUUUUGGCAAACUUGAAAUCUUGACGAGUUUCUUCAUCUCGGUUCAUGAAACCAUGCUGUCAUUAAAUCAGUCAUAGUCAAAAAGGGGAGAAAAUUGCUUUUGGCAGUGAUGACUGGUUCUUCCGUGGUUAAAAAAAAACUAUGACAUUUUUUCCUAAACUGGAAAUCUUCAGUGUGACUCAAGAAUGGCACAACUGGAGUUGGAAAGUGGAAGAGGAUGUGAGCUGCUUGUGCUCCAUUUGUUUGAAUCUCCUUGUGAAAAUGUUUGUAUUGACACAUGUUAAUUCCUCGUCCUUCUUGUCUAUCCACAGUCCAGUGCUUAAUUUGACUACUCUUCUCUCCCUGGCUUUUGUUGUCUGUGAUUUCAGCAUGAAACAAAUCUUCAAAAGCAUAGAACGUGAUCCCUGUCAUUCUGUGAAGUUUUAUUUUUAUUUUGACUAUCUACCUGGAAUGCUACAGUGUGAGUUCUGCAGCUCAAAUCGUCAACUCUGAAUUACAGGAUGAACAUCGAAAAUUGGCUCUGUUCUAGAAUUAAUUUAGAUUUUGACCGUUAUGAGCUGCACUCCAAAGUUAAAAACUGAUAUGAGUGUGCAACUCAAGUGAUUGAUUGAUCAUGAUUGUCAAGUAUAUACACAAACAUCUACGUUGGACAUUUUGGACGUAGGGAAUUUUAUUUUAUUUGUUUCCAUAGUAAACAUUUUGUACACCACUUUCAUUGCUUAGUAGCAGGCUUUCUUUGAUUCACACCCAAUUUUUUUUACAUAUCUGUGCCACCUGCUUGGGCAGACACUGGCUUUUUUAUUUGUAAAGAUAUAAACUUGCUUGCAUAUAUAAAUAAAA